GUCAGUCCCGGAGUUCGUGCGAGCUUUUCACGACGCGUUCGGUUUUCUCGCUGCGUGCGUUCUGCUGCUGCCUUCUGCCCACUGUGUGUGCGGUGUGUGUAUCUAUAGUGUGUAGUUGGAGAGUAGGCUGGUACUCGCGUCGCCGUGUCCCCGUGUCGGUUUUUGGUGGAAGAACAGCGGCUCGCCCGUGCAGAAACGUGAAGUUUCUCUCGUUUUAAGCUAGUGAAAGAAAAGCUAAUCCAGAACACUCAAAAUGUCUACCGUCGACAAGGAAGAGCUAGUGCAGAAGGCAAAACUAGCCGAACAAUCUGAACGAUACGAUGAUAUGGCACAGGCAAUGAAAUCAGUAACAGAAACCGGAGUGGAACUGUCAAACGAGGAAAGGAACCUACUGUCCGUCGCUUACAAGAACGUCGUCGGUGCCCGAAGAUCAUCAUGGCGAGUGAUAUCGUCGAUUGAACAGAAAACGGAAUCCUCUGCCCGCAAACAGCAACUGGCACGAGAGUACCGGGAACGAGUUGAGAAGGAACUGAGGGAAAUCUGCUACGAAGUGCUGGGUCUGCUGGACAAAUUCUUAAUUCCCAAAGCCAGUAAUCCAGAGAGCAAGGUGUUUUACCUCAAAAUGAAGGGAGACUACUACAGAUACCUAGCUGAAGUAGCCACCGGCGAAACCCGCCACACCGUAGUUGACGAUUCCCAAGCCGCGUACCAGGAUGCCUUUGAAAUUAGUAAAGGCAAAAUGCAGCCAACACAUCCUAUCCGAUUGGGUCUUGCGCUCAAUUUCUCCGUCUUCUAUUACGAGAUCCUAAACUCGCCCGACAAAGCCUGCCAGCUGGCUAAACAGGCAUUCGAUGACGCGAUUGCUGAGCUGGACACGCUGAACGAGGACUCCUAUAAAGACUCGACACUCAUCAUGCAGCUGCUGCGAGACAACCUGACGCUGUGGACGUCCGAUACCCAGGGUGACGGUGACGAACCACAGGAGGGUGGCGAUAAUUAACCAAACUAAAAUUAAAGCGAAACAAAAAACCACACACACGCAUACACACUACCAACAACAACAACAAAACAACCAACAUAGACACGCAGACACGAAACACGCCACACACACACACAUUACACGGUACACAUUACACUACCGACACAAACACACACACUUAAAGCAUAAUAGAAAUUCCUUUUGACUAUUGAUUAAUACGAGACAGCGGAAGGGAACCGCCACCAUCACCACAGUUGGUGUUGUGCGAAGAAGAUGAAGCGAGCGCAGAUAAAAAAAGAGUAGCUUCCGCAAAACAUAGCAAAAUAUCGUGCAAGAAGAGCAGCAGGCACCACCGCGUCAGUGUCUCAGUAACAGCAAGUCAGCAGGUCAGCAGCAGCAGCAGCAACAGCCAAACGAUGAUGGUAUGAAUGUUGGACUGGAAAGUAGCAAAGAACACACAACACAACACAUCAGUCAUCGAUCGAGGCAGAGAUAGAGAGUAACGAAAGCAGGCAAGCCUUUUCCCGUUUGUGCUCCGUGGCCGAACGGAGACGUACAUUAGUUCGGUUUCUUGCGAACGAGAGUGAAUUCACUCUUGGGUUAGCACAGCACUCAGCGUCAGCAGGUCCGGAAACGGAAGAAGUAGUAGGCAUAAAGUAGACCAGCCAGCCAGACAGACGGCCGCGCGGAUACUCUCGUCGCUUGUGAUGUGUACGUCGUCAUCCUUGUGUCAUCGCGCAGGAACUAUGUGGGUGUGUGUGUGCGUGUGUGGAUGUGUGUGUUAUGUCAAAGAAGAAGGAACGCCCGAGGAACUGGCAUAAUUUUGUUGCUUUUUAACGAGCACGAAAUAAAGGAUUGGUGUAACAAUAACAACAAACCAUAGCAAGUAACAAGGUGAGAAAAAGGGCACGAAAUGAAGAAAGCAGAGCUGUUGCCUUAGCGCUCAUUCUGCUCGAACGCAUUAUGUGCUUAUUAACAACCCACACACACACUCGAAACGGCAGCGAGAAAGAAAUGAUUAGAGUCUUUUUUUAAAAAGCACUGUACUACCUCCGUAGUGCAACAGGAAGUGGGCAAAAAUAUACACGCACUCACACACUCACACACACACAUGCAUAUUAUCAGAAAUUGGAUGCUUUUCUGAAAUCUGGUAAGAGAGAGAGAGAGAGAAAAGAAAACAACAUCUCUAUCAAAAGCAUAACGGGGGCCAAUGAUGACGAAUAAUAUGCCAAGCAAACCAAUCGAAGGCUAAACAGAACAAAGGAAAGAAGAGAGAAAAGAGGCAUUAACGUACAGACGAAAGGAAGGUAAAAGUCUAAACGAUGAGUGGCAAACAAACAAAACAAACAACUCAAAAACUACAUGUUUAUAAUGUAUGUUCUAUUGCUAUAGUCCCUGUUUUCCUCCCUGGGUCCUGAGAAAAGAAGCAAACAAGCAAUCUCUCCCCGCCCUCCCCCCUCCCCUCCCCUAUCCACGAUUAAGUCUCAUUGAAGUGGAUGUAUAUGUGUGUGCGUGUGCGUGUGUGGAGAUGUUUUUUUCCAAAUCCCCCCACUCACUACUUUGGUAACUUUUAUCGAUUAAUGAAUGUGCGUGCGUGCGUGCGGUGUGUGUGUGUAUGAGCGAUGGGAGGAGGGGGAGGAACCUCGAAUACAACCAAAGGAUUGGGGGCGAGGGAAAGGAAGUAGCACUUGGAUUAUUCUGAAACGAUCGCGUACGAUCAUGUCUGUUUGUCUCUGUUGCGGCACACUUGCGUGCCAAUUUGCGCAUUGAAUACUCUUAAGGUUAAGGCACAAGGAGGCACCAUUGCGGAGCGUCCUCGGGGGCGCUUUUUUGGAUGGAAGUUUGUGUAUGUGUGUUCCGUUGAAUGAUUCCCCCCCUUCCUCCCACCCUCCGAAAAGAAGCGAUUGGGGGGAGGGGUCAAAUAUGCAAAACAUAUUUAUCUAAAUGUGUCUUCACAGCAAAUGUGUCCCUUGUGUUGCUGUUGCUGUUUCCCGAAUUUUGUGUGAGAUGGAUAUAACCCUUCUCCCUUCUCUUUCUUCCCCACUCGAUAUAUGGAUCAAACACAAAGCUCUUCUAUAAAUGUCUACACACUCUACACAAAACCAAGCCAAUGAAUGUCCACAAAUCACAAAUCACGUGUUGGCCCCGAAUCGUCGUCCUUUCUUCCAGUAACGAUUGCACCCCACACGCUCGCACACCAAUGGGACCCAUGGGACGGAGGACUAGAGAUCGCAUGGGAUCGUAAGGGAUGAUGUCCACUGGGUGUGUUGUGCUGGCAGAGUGUGGCUGUGUGUUUUCGUGUUUUCGUGUACCAAUACCAAUCCCCCCCUCAUCCAUUUCCUCUCUUUUUAAGACGAAGAGCAAAAGAGAAACCAGAUAUAACACAAAUGUUUAAAACGCGGUGAAGAAGAAGGAAGGGGUUUGAGGAGGAAAAAGGUAGCUAACAAACUUUUUAAAACUGUGUACGAAUGUGGCCAAGUGACAGUGUUGUUUCGUGUAAAGAAAAACGAGGUGAUUUGGGGCUACAAAUUGCAAAUUAAAACAAACAGAGAGAGAGAGAGCAGGCAAGAUAGAUGUAUAUCGUUUUUGUUUUAUGCUGUUGCAAGCUAAACACGUUUGUGGCCGCUCAGUCCCCUUCCCUGGGUACGUUGUGGAUUAGUGCGAAUACCGAGGGGAGGGAAAGAGAGAGAGAGAGAGCGAGGCAGAUCUAAUCAAGUUGAAUGUAAUAAUGCAGCAAAAACCUGUCGUCUUACAUCAUUACAAAGCACCAUCAGCAAAAAAACCGAGAAAAGCUAGCACGUAGCAAAGGGAAGGGAAGCCUCCGCCACACACACACACACAUUUUCCACGUCCCAAAUUGGGCCGUUUAAAAACAAAAUUCCAGCAAUAUGUGUGUGUGUGUCAGUAUUACCAUCUAUUGCCAAAAUGGUCCGCACAUACACAUUACCAUCACCAUCGCACAUAUGCUGCGGACCAUUUCGAGCACCGGAGGAGGUCCUUCCUACUCUGCCACUCAAGCAGGAAGUCCUUCCUGGAAGGGAAAAAAAGAAGCAAAAUCAUGUUGAAAACGAACAUCAAAUGGAAAUUAUUACUCUUGUAAAACAACAUCAAACAGAACAAAACAAAACAAAAACAAGCAAGUCGUGUCGUCGUCGUCGCCGUCGUUUAAUCAAAUAAAAGAGCAGUAAAACAAA